AUGACAAAAUGGCUAGCUAAUAAAGGAUAUGAUGCUAAAAACAUAUUUUCUCUCGAUGAAAAAUACAAGUGUCUAAUCUGUGGAUUUAUACUUCGUGAUCCUGUUCAAAUAACUUGUGGUCAUCGAAUAUGCUAUGCAUGUCUUCAUGUUGAAAAUAAUAUUGUUCGAUGUCCCGAAUGCUCGGAAAUAACAUUGACAUCAAAGAUCAGACUUGAUAAAGGAUUCGAUAACGAAAUACAAACAUUGAUUAUCGUCUGCAUUUUAUGCGAAUGGUCAGGUCAUUUGAAAAACUAUCAAAAUCAUCUUGAACAAUUACAUAACCAAUAUAGAUGUUUGUACUGCAAUGAAAUAUUCACGUCAUUAACAUUAAUGAAUCAACAUAAAGAAACUACAUGUCCACAAAUGAUGGUGAAUUGUAACCUGCAAUCAUACGGCUGUAACGAAUUGGUGCUGCGCUGUAAUCUAUCGGAACAUUACCUCAGUGAAAUGCAUCAAAAAACUCUUGUACUAUAUGCUUUGCAACUCGUGUCAAAAUUAACUGAAGAAAAUCAAAAGAUAGCAUGCUCUGACAUGCAUGAUGAACGGAAAAUAAUUGAUCUUCCAUCUAAAGUAACUACUGCUCUAUCAACAACUUUAGUAACUGAUGAAUAUAAUGCCCAACAAGAAUAUAUCAAUGAAAUGGUGAAUACGUUAUCAGAUGGCAUUGUAACAUUAAAUGAUGACAUACAGCGACUGAGUAGUGAAUCAUUGCAACAGUCUCAAUUAAUAGAGAUGACUAGUCAAAGUUUAAUACAGUUAAAAACAUCAUGUGAAGAAUCAAAUGUUGGUCUAAAUGCAUUUAAUACUAAUAUGAGCAUCCUUCAACAGGAUUACUUUUCUUUAAAACAUAAAAUCGAAGAGACACAAUCAAUUUCUUAUGAUGGAAUAUUAAUAUGGAAAAUUACCAAUAUUCAGGAGAAAAUGAUUGAUGCUCAAUCUGAACGUCAAGUGUCUAUUUAUUCACCACCGUUUUAUUCUUCGCUGACAGGGUACAAAAUGUGUGCUCGUCUUUAUUUGUAUGGCGAUGGAAAUGCGCGUCGUACUCAUAUAUCUCUCUUUUUCGUUUUAAUGCGAGGUUUACAUGAUUCAUUGCUUAAGUUUCCUUUCACUCACAAAGUUACAUUUUGUUUAUUUGAUCAAACUGGCGAACAACAACAUAUCAUUGAUUCAUUUCGUCCUGAUCCAAAGUCAAGUAGUUUUCAAAAACCACGUUGUGAUAUGAAUAUUGCAAGUGGAAUUCCAAAAUUCGUCUCGUUAGACAAAAUUCAACAGCAAAAUAAUCGAUAUAUUAAAGAGAAUACCAUGUUCAUCAAAGUGAUGGUAGAUUUUGAAAAUUUGCCCAAGACAAUGAUACCUUUUGCCGUAGGUUUAAAUCCGGGUCUACCAACAUAUUGUCAACAACGAAUGAUACAACAAGAAAUAGAACGAAGGGUACAAUUGCAAUCUCAAAAAAAAUUGACAAGUAAUGCAGUGACUACCAAUAGCAAUUUGUCGAUAAGCAAUCAAUAA